UGAGUUUUAGGGAAUUAACUCAGGUCCUCAUGGUUGUAAAGCAAGCACUUUACUGAUGUCCAUCUCCCCAGUCCAAUGAUUUUCAAUACUCUAUUUGUACGUUCUAGCCCCUAUCUGCCAAUAUAACAUUGAAUAUGAAUCUAUACAUUUUCUGAAGAGUCAUGCUAGGGUUGGAUCCAGAAAAAACAGGGGCAACAAAACGGCAAAUACAAGUCAGGUAACAACAGAGAACUGGAUGAUAUCCUUAGGAAAGUAAAGCUGUUUAUUUCAUAUUAUAAAUGAUGAAAAAUAAAUCGUCCCUAUGUGAGUCAAUAACAUACACACGAAUAUCUGACCUUAUUUUAGCACCUCAGAAAGCUGUAGAGCAGGAUGCCUAACUCCAGUCUAUCAAGACCAGAUACCUAGCCUUGAGGUCUAGGCUUGGGGACUAUGAGUAGCCUUAAAGGCACAGUCCUUCCUUGACGGUGAGAAAAGGCAUUAUGGCUUUAGGGAAGGUAGAGGCUGCAGAACCAUCAGAGUAGACACUGUUUCCUCCUAGGACUCAACUUCAGGGCAAGAAAUGACCACAUGGAUUAAAAAAAGAGAAUGUCUUCAACUUUCACAUGCCCUCAUCUGACCAGGGAAUAUUUUGUCUUGGUAAAUCUUAGGAGUUCUACCCAAAUACUUGCUCAUCUUAAGACAUCUUCUAGAACCCACACUAGUGGGACAUGUAUCCAGGACACUGGCAAGGUUAGCCUGGCCCCUACAGUCAGGCCACAGGUUACAUUACCCUAUGUCCUACUUGUGGUCCUUGGUAAAGUGAGAGGGCAGAGCAGGGUCACAGACAUGACAGCCAUGGAGGAUGAAGUCCUGGGCAAGAAAGGCAGGCAUGUGGUCUUUGCUACAAACCUAUUUAGCAGCCACCCUACUUCAUGCACCAUUUUAAUUCUCUAGGAUCUGAGACUCCAGCAUAGAUGCCAUAAACUGAAGAGAUGAUAAAUGGAAAAGUUUGGUUUGGGGAGUCAGGAAAACACCUUUAUUCCCUGGUAGUCAAAGUUCUGGGCACCUAGGGGUUUUCUUUCCCUUGUUGCUCCAUCAAUUGCCUUUUACACUAUAUAGUUGAAGAGUACACAGAAAGAACUCCCCAGUCAGACACAGUUCUUGUCAUCCCCCAAAACCUUGAGGAUACCAGUAAAGAAGCUUCUUUGGAGGGGCAUUUGAUUUGGCUUUCAUAAUUUUUAACACCAAGUGUGGUUAUCUUAGUUAGAGUUUCUGUUGCUGUGAUAAAACAUCAUGACCAAAUGAAACUUGGGAAAAAAGGGUUUAUUUCAUCUCACAUGUCCUGAUCACAGUUCUGAUCAGGAACUGAGAACAGGAACCUAGAGGCACAAAUGGAGGAGUGCUGCUUACUGGCUUGUUCCUCCCUAGCUUGCCUGUCCUGUUUUCUUAUAGCACACAGGACCACUAGACUAGGGGUGUCCCCACCCACAAUGUGCUGGGCCCUCACACAUCAAUCACUCAUUAAGAAAAUGCACUAAAAAAAAAAAAUGCACUACAGACCUGCCUACAGGCCAAUCUUAUGGAGACAUUUUCUCAAGUGAGAAUCCUUCUCAAAUGACUCUAGCUUGCGUCAAAUUGACAUAAAAUUGACCAGCACAGGGCAGAGUGUGGCAGGCACCUGCUAUGAGACCCAAGAAGAUGGAAGCAGGCCUCUCUGAUAGACAGCAGCCUGUGUUUCCAAACAGUUGUGGGCCUGAAGAGACAGCUCAGCAGUUAAGACCAGACAGUUUCCAGAGGAUCUGGGCUUGAAUUCCAGCAUCACAUGGCUGCUCACAACCAUCUGUAACUCCAGUCCCAGGAAAUCUAAUGUCUUCUGGCUUUGGCAAGAACUGUACACACACAGAGCUCACAGGCAUACAUGCAGGCAAAACAUCGAUACACAAAAAAUACAUAAACACAUAAAAUACAAAACAAAAUAAAACCAAAAACCAAAGGGCUACUGUGUCCACUUGAUUGUAUGGUAUCUUUUUUUAAAACAAUUGAGCAUAGUGUUUUAUGGGAUAUGCAUGGGAGGAGUCUGAGACUUUUAGGGUUAAUGAAGAGUACUGAGCAGUUUCCCAUGGGAAAUGGCCACCUUCAGCACACUGCUAUCACUGAGCAUGAUAACGAGUGGGGUUAGAGAUGAUAAUUUGUUUCCUAAAUGCAAUUAAUAAGGACAGUGGGAAGAAAAAGCAUCACUCAGACAGAACCAAACAUAACUCUUGGGUUUUGACUCACAGAUGUUUGCCACAACAGACGCCAUGAAUGAUGACUACGAGGCAGAUCCCUGGCUCUCCAACAAUUCCAGUGAUAACAGCCAGGAGCACAAAUACUUCCUAAAGUUCAAGGAGAUCUUUCUGCCCUGCAUGUACCUGAUGGUGUUUGUCCUUGGACUAGUAGGGAACUCCCUGGUUCUGAUUAUAUACAUUUUCUACCAGAAACUGAGGAGUCUGACAGAUGUGUUCCUGGUGAACUUGCCCCUGGCUGACCUGGUAUUUGUCUGUACUCUGCCCUUUUGGGCCUAUGCAGGCACCUAUGAGUGGGUCUUUGGCACAGUCAUGUGCAAAACUCUUCGAGGCAUGUAUACAGUGAACUUCUAUGUGUCUAUGCUCACUCUUACCUGCAUCACGGUGGAUCGUUUCAUUGUGGUGGUCCAGGCUACUAAGGUCUUUAACCAGCAGGCUAAGUGGAAGAUCUGGGGCCAGGUCACUUGCUUGCUCAUUUGGGUGGUCUCCCUGUUGGUCUCUUUGCCACAGAUCAUCUAUGGUAAUGUUGAACGUUUUGAUAAGCUUAUCUGUCAGUACCACAAUGAGGCGAUUUCUACUGUGGUUCUUGCCACGCAGAUGACUCUGGGGUUCUUCUUGCCACUUCUCACUAUGAUUAUGUGCUACUCAGGCAUUAUCAAGACCUUGCUUCAUGCUCGAGGCUUCCAGAAGCACAAAUCUCUAAAGAUCAUCUUCGUUGUAGUUGCCGUGUUCCUGCUGACCCAGACACCCUUCAAUCUUGCCAUGUUAAUCCAGAGCACAAGCUGGGAGCACUAUAUCAUCACUAGCUUUCAGUACGCUAUCCUAGUGACAGAGGCUAUAGCAUACUUUCGGGCUUGCCUCAAUCCUGUGCUCUAUGCCUUUGUUGGCUUAAAGUUCCGAAAGAACCUCUGGAAAUUUGCGAAGGACAUUGGCUGCCUCCCUUACUUGGGAGUCUCAAGUCAGUGGAAAUCUUCUGAGGACAGUUCCAAGACUUGUUCUGCCUCCCACAAUGUAGAGACCACCAGCAUGUUCCAAUUGCAGUAGGCCUGGCCAGACUUGGAGAAACUAGCAUCAGAAUUCUUAGGAGCAUGGCUAUGUCCUUUGGAUGCAACAAGAAAGGCUUUGCUUAUAGUAUUCGGACUCUUGUGGAGAAGUCACUGAAAACUGUGGCUGGUAUACAAAGCUUCUUACAUUAUAUGUAAGAACAUAUCCUGUUCCUAAUAUCUAAGCCUCAAUGUUCAAAGGAGAAAUGUCUUAUUAUUUUUUAAGCACUUUCUCUCUUCCAUCCCUAAGAAUGCUAAUUCUAGAGACCUCAGGUUCUCUUUUACCAAGUUUGGGGCUAAAAGCUGAAGAGGAGUUGCACCAACAAAGCUGUUGAUGGCAGGUGUCAUGCAAGGUUCCUGAGUUCAGAAGAUUCUUCUAUGGGCAAGCAGUGGAGAACUGAGAAACUCCCCACACAAGUGCUGGUCACCGGGCACCUAAUAGGAUGAGACCAAGCUCUGAUUCAUCCAGGGGUCUGACUUUUGUAUUGGUGGGAAUGCCUAUAUUUUCUUGGAUUAUUUUUUGAAAGUACAGCAUAAGAGACUGAAAUUAGGCCAGGAUAAAUAGCUGAAUGCUAUUUAAUAUAAUGCUAGAAAAAUGUGUAAAAAGGAGCUUAAGACUAUAACAAAUCUAAGCAGCAUUAUUAGAGGGACUCUGGUGGCUUUGCUCAUCUUAAAACAAAAACAGAACUUUCCAAUGCUUGCCACACAUAAUAAAUAUGUACACACAAAUAUAUCAAAUAUUAUGAGUUUCAUGGCUAAGAAAUAAAACAUUUUAAAAGUUUUCAAACUGCUUUCACCUUUAGGUACAUUCUAUUUUAAUCUGGUAUGCCUGGGACACAAAACAAAAUAAAUCCUCACAAACAACACAAAAACAACCCAGCUAGAAUAAAGGAAAUAAGUUAAAAUUAAACUUGGGGGGCAGUGGUCUAUGAAAGAAAUAGACUAUACCAGUGGUAACAACCUUGCUUUCAUGGUGGUUUCCUGCUCCUGCCCAAGAUGUGGGGUGCAUUUGUUUUAACUCUAUAAUACUGCUCCAGGAUGAGGUAAUUUUAUAUGCCAGACUAGACUGAUACUGACUAGACCUUGACAAUCAGGUGAAUAGUCCUAUAGGUGCUUGCUGGGUACUUGUAUCACUAAAUCAUUUAACUAAAUAUCAACAUCGACCUAAAAAGGCUGACCAGAAUGCAUAGGAGGUUAGCUAAUCCUGGACUCAGGGGCUGGAGAGAGCAGCCUAGGGCUGCCUCCAUGCCCUUCACUAGGUAAGACCUGGAACAAAUGCACCUCAACCUCUGUCAACAUGCUUGCACUCAUGAUGUAGCCCCUUCCCUUUGCCUUGUCUCUUUCCUUUCUCCCUCUUCUCCUUCCCUCCUCCCUUACUAUAAGUCUUGACCAAUCUGGAACUUGCUGUGUAGACCAGCCUGGCCUCAAACUCACAAAAUCUACUUGUCUCUGACUCUCAAGUGCUGGGUUAAAGCCAGGCCAGCAUACCUGACCAUCUCUUAACCUUUGGCCAUUUCUUUUUAGUGAGACGGCACAUGUCUCUCAGUUGAUUUGAGGAGGACUUGAGAUAACACAUAUGAAACACCUAGCACAAUGGGCUGGGGAAGUAGUUCAGUUGGUAGAUGCUUGCCCAGCAUGCAUGGAGUCCUGGGUUUGGACUCUAGCACUACAUUAAAAUUGGGUGUGGUGAAACACACCUAUAAUGCCAAUAUUUGAGUGUGAAGGAAGGAGGGUCAAAAUUUUAAUGUUAUUCUCAUCUAGAGAAAGUUUGAGGCCAACUCAGGCUACAUGAGACCCUGUCUCAAAACAAAAUCAAAUCAAAUCAAAUCACCCCACAGCACAAUCUAUUUGUAGGUAAAAGGUCUCCAAACUGGUAGCAGUUAUUUCUUCGAAGAUCUAGUAGAGGUUCCUUAUGCCAUCCCCAUGAGUGGGUGGAGUGACUAGGCUGUUGUGUACUUUUUUCUGGACGUGCAGGGCAUGCCACAUGAAUUUCAGCUCAUCAAAAUGUGACUACCCCUGGGAGUACCCACAUGGUCCCAUGCACUGUUUUAUCAAACAUAGUACACAUAAGGGCUAUAGUACACUUCCUUGCUAUGUACAAGUAACAUGUAAGACCAAGUGCUUACUCAAACAACUAGCCUGCUCUAUACAGGGUGAUAAGGCUAACCUUCCGUGCAUUCAUCUUUAUUUGUAAUACUGCUGAUGGAGGGGGCCUGAGUCCCUGAUUUCCCUAAUAUUACAGCUCAGGAGAUAAAGGCUCUAAAUGGGAAGGAAGAUGAGUCAGGUAUCAGGGCUCUGUAGCUAUCUACACAGGUAUUCUAGAGAGAGGCAGGGCUGAGCACUCAACACUCAGAGACAGUGCCACCCUAGGCCAAUCCUAGAAAGCUUCUCCAAGGCCUGGCUCAACAACUCACAGUGCCAGGUGACAGUGUUCCCUGGACCAUCCCUGACCAGCUGUCUGUCCAACAAACAAAUCGGAUGAGAUGGGAGAACCUACUAGAUCAUGCCCUCUUCCCGGCUCCCCACAGAAAAGUUUAUACUGGCCUUUAUGCAGGUUAAGAGAAGCUUGUUUGUCUGUUGCCAGGAAAACAGCAAUAGAACCUCCCUUCUGUCUGCCUCCUCAGUCACUAUUUGCCUUAUUCUCUGGGCAUCUAUUUAUUUCCACCUGGAGAAUGUUACUAUCUCCUUCUGUAUCUACACCACCAUUAGCAAUAAAUACACACACAAAACAAAACAAAAUACAACAAAAACCCCGGCAUGUGUUAGUUAAAGACGGCUUGUGUCUGGCCUGCAAGCUACCUGGUGCACCAUGGCCCAGGAAAGGCUGUUGCUGCAGGCUCUAUUUCCUUAGAGGUGUUAGAAGUCUUAAGCAUUCAGUCAUCACCUUUUCCUACUUUUGGCUCCCCUUCUUGCUCAUGGCAGCAGAUCACAUCGAAGGCCAGGUUGCUAUGGUGGAGUUGGAGGAAGAGCUGGAUGAACAUGGACCCUGCUUGAAUUCAGACUGUCCUAGAUAUGUUUCAGAGCCUGACAGCAAAGACUGUGUGCUCCCCUCCCACUGGGCUCCCUAUUUCUGAGGAUGGUGGAAGUGCUUAUGGGCUCUGACUUUAGUUAGACAUAUGAAGGCCAUAGAUAGCUAUGUCUUCUGAGAAGUGAAUGCAUGAUGACUCCCUUCUAGAGGCAUCUGAUCAUCCAGAAAUUCUUGGUGUCUUGGAUGAGGAGAUAGUGCCACAAGAAGGCAGAAAAGAGAACACAGAAUCCAGAAGCUGUUGGUCACUCUGGCUUCCACAGAGCUUUCAAAGUAGCACCUUGGCCAGCUGCUUGGUUCUUCAGGUCCAUAGUCACUAGUGAUGUUUUACAGGCAACUUGGUACUGUCAUCUCCACUUCUCAGAGGAAAAUUGAGUGAGGGCUGGUCCUUGUUAGCAGCCUCUCUGCCCCUAAACACUGGCCACAGAGCUUUCAGGCAGGUGUUAUACCACAGAGGGUCUGCCUGCUCUGUACUCCUCUGUAGUCAAAGGUCGUGGGUUAAUACAGGCAUAAGGUGGCUUUUGAACUUUAACCAUGAUCACCAUAUCCUGUCCUUGUUUCGUUUCUGAGAUGAUAGCAGGUAUCAGAUCUCUUGGCUGGUGACCACAGUUCCCCCCACUAAGCACUCUGGCCGGAAAGCCCUGGUUUUGAAGCAAUUGCUGGCAUGCAGGCUCUGAGAGUAGGUUUCAGAUCAUUUCAUGUAAUCUGGGUACCUGAAGGCCUUUACUUAUUUAUUUAUUUUUUUUUUAAAUGAGGCUACAAGUUGAGAUACUGAGAAGCAUGUGUACACAGUAGACACAUACAGCCCAGGCUGACAUCAAAACUCAGCAUCAACAUCAGGAAAAUCACCUAUCUCCACAGGAGUUUUCUGGCCCAGAUCCUUUCUCUAAUUGCCUUUCUUAGGGAGGGGUAGAUGGUAUUCUAGGCUCUCCUGAACAGCUAAUGGAGCUGCAUUUAGAGACUGCACUGCCAUGGCCAUGGGGCCUGGAAGCUUGUUUGGGUCUGGAGCUUAAGCUCUUCACCCUGAAUGCCCGGUAUAUCUGGUACCUAGAGAAGAGGCCAGGUUGUGGAGACUGGCUAUGUGUGAGCUGGGCACAGGCCAAGGGAGCUAACUACCUAUCACCUCAGUUCUGAGAACAAGUGGAAAUCUGGGUAGUGGUGUUUAGGACACUAAGAGAGAGGCUGCAGGAAAGUCUAAAAGGUUGUAAAGGACAUCUAUCUGCUACAGGUGAGGGCUGUGUUCCUGCUAUGAAUCACCAAUCAAGAUAAGCCAGGAAUUGGGGAAAAGGCAGUUGUCACCAGGAAAUCCUGUUAGGUUUCCUUGUGAGAGUGAAGCUGGAUUUGGAGACUUUUCCUUGUUCUAUCAUUUUCCAGGAAGGGUCAGAGCUUAAUUCCUCUUUCAUUACUUUGUUCCUCAGAUUGCGUUCCUCAUAUUGCUUACCUUUCCCUCUAACUUUCCUGUGAGGGAUGCUGGAGCAAGUCCAGGGCUCUCUUUCCCAUACUUUCUCAGACUCUUGCAGUCUUUGAUUGAGUUUUAAACAUGGGAAUAAAAGAAAUGCUAAGGAAAAACUCUCAUACAUGCUAACACACAACCUAUAGUGUAGAAAGGUAGCUCUUUGUUCACAUAGGUGAGAUAUAGGGACCAUAGGUUCCCACCAGCCAGUCCCAGAUCUGUGCUGGUGGCUGCAGGCCAGCAUGCUACCGGUUUCCUUUCUCUGAAACAGUUCCUGAUUUCCCAUGACCAAAAACUACACAUACAAGUCAGUAGUCUAGAAGCUUUCUGUUUCUGUUCCUACUAGGAAAGAGGAAGGUGAAAGGAUGAGGGAGGAAGCUAGAGAACAGUCACCUUAUGCAGGUUACAGGUGUUUGUGAGAAGACACUUUCAAAUCAAUAGCAUCCUUCUGGGCUUUUAGCUCCUAGUCUACUCACCCUUCUGUCUUUGCAGCUUGCCAGGUACCAAGGGCAGAAUGUAGUUUACUGCUAAAGGAAGAGAAGAUACCCUGGGAAACACUGGGUCAUGGGGGUUAGGGUGAACACUGAUGACUACUGACCAGUAUGUGUCAGAGAGGUGUUUAAGGAAGGAGGGAAUUGGUCCAAAGUCAUAGAAGCAACAGUGACUAGGAGCUAUCUUAGGUUUGGCAGUGAGGAGGUUUGUUCAUGAGCUGAAUUCAGUGACUUUAGUCAGAGAAUACACAAGUGUGGAGAUACACUGAAGCCUAAAAUCUAGGCUAACAGCCUCAUGAAGAUUAAGUACAGCCCCUCCCAUGUGGCAGAAAUUGACAUGAUAAAGAUGACAGGUAACUCCUGGCUCUAUUUUGGAUUCUGAGUAGGAGAGAGAGAUCUCACUGUGAGUCAGCAUGAGCUCACAGAAGUCUUUCACCAGAAGAAAAGUUGGCCAAGCAAUUUUGAGACUGUAUUUGCUACUUUUUGCUUUUAUAAAAUAUCUGACAGGAGCAACUUAAGGAAGGAUUUAUUCUGGCUCAGAGAGUAUCAGUCCAUCAUAGCAGGGAAAGCAUGGUAGAGCAGCCCCAUCUAGACUUAUUUACAUGACAUUGGGCUUGGACGCAGAGAACUCAUGCUGGAACCAGGGGUAGGUAAAACUUUCAUAGGCUCAUCCUGAGUAACUUCUCUAACUUACUUCCACCAGUCAGGUCACACCUUCUAAAUGAUCCACAGCUUUCAAAGUAGUGCCACAAGCCUAGGACCAAACAUUCAAAACAAACUUGCCAGGGACAUUUCAGAUUCAGAAGGUAACAUUUAGCCCUUGACUUUCAAUGGCUCACUGCCAUCUCACAAUACAAACUGUACUUAGUUCAGCUUCAAAGAAAGACCUGUAGUCUUAACAGCCUCAACACUGUCUGAAACUUCCAAGUUUGAAGUCCCCUUUGAGACUUAAGGCAUGCUCAAUUGUGAGAUCCUGUAAAAUCAAAAUUUAAACUAUAUGCUUUCAAUAUAUAAAGACACUCCCAUUCUAAAAGGGAGGUAUGAGAGUAGAGCAAAGAAAGACAUGACAACUUAACAGUGAAAACAUGACAUCCUAGUUUCAUGUCUAGCACGUGGGAUGCAUUUGGUACUAGCCCUACCUUUAUGGGCCUUCUUGCGUGAUGCACAUAUAAGGUCUCUUUUGGACUGGUUCUACUUAGGUGCCUGUAGCUUUCCUUGGUAAAUGUUCUACAUUCCUGCUAUCUCCAAUAUAUUGGGGUCUCCACUGCAAUUUAGGCUUUCCCCUCAAAUUUGCAUGCAUAGCCCACUAAUAGACUACCAGAGAAUCUGACCCUACUACACAUUGCCUGGUCUCCCAUUCUUUUCUCUAGAUUCUUAGUGCAAAUGUCCAUGACUUGCAACUCUUACAUUCUGCAAUGCCUACAAAGCCAGCACCAUGUGGUUAAUGUCAAGUUUUGCUGCCAGCUUGAUAAGUAGCUGGGUCUUCUUGGACCUCAGCUGAAGUAGGAGUGUUUAUGGAGUGAAACCUGGAAAAAUACUUUCUAGGUGUGGCUCUGUCUUUUCAGACAUUCUCUUUUUAAAUGAAAGUCAAAAGCAUUUAGAUUUUUAUAUUCUGAAUACUUUGAUGAAAGGGCUUUUUCCCUUAGGGUCCUUUUAUUUCUUACUGUCCCAAUGCAAAGCAGUUGUUUCCUUUUAGUGGCAUUAAUCUCUUAACAGUUUUAUCUACUUUGUCCACAGUUAUUUUGUAUACAACUUCAGAUACAAUUGUGCUUCUUUCCUUGCCAAGCUAAAUACUUUUAUAUCUUGCUGUUUUGCUUUUUUUUUUCUCCAAUGCUCAUAAACUUGGCUAAAAUUAGAGAAUAGUAAGCCUGAAUGCUAUGCUUGGUAGGAGUGUAAAGUGAGAGAAAGAUGCUUGUUCAUAUGGCGUAGAUCAGGAAACAAAGAGCACAGGCCAGAACAUAAAUAAAUUAAAAUUCAUUUUUUAAAUGUAUAUGUGUGGAUACUACAUGAGGUUAUGUGUAUCAUGUGUGUGUAGGUGCUCAUGGUAGUCAGAGGGUGUCUUAACCCUUGGAACUGGAGUUACAGAUGGUUAUCUGAUGUCUGAUAUGAGUGCUGGGAAUCUGGGUCCUCUACAAGAGCAGUCAGUGUUCUAAACUGCUGAGUCAUCUCUCCAGUCCUUAGUCUAUUAUUUUUAAGUUCAGCAUCACUCAAAGUUUCAGGGCACAAGUGACACAUGGCUAAUUUUUUAGCCAGAAUGUAACACUAAUGACCUCUACUCCAAUUCCUGAUAAAGUCCUUGUUCCCAACCAAAACUUUAAUGGGCACAGUCUAUACUGUACACCAUUUCUAGUGGCAUUCUGGUCUUGUGAACAGUUCACUAAGCUCUGCUUACAGUGUUCUAUGGCUUUGCUGGCUGGAAUCUCCAAAUCUUUCCACAGUCUUCCACAAAGGUCUUAGAACCAUAGUCAGAUUUAAUCACAACGACCCCAAUUUUCUGCAAUAACUACCGUUUUCAUCACAAAAUACUUGACAGAAGUAAUUUAAGGGUGGAAGGAUGUAUUUGGCUCAUGGAUUCAUAGGGUCUCAGAAUAUCAUAGGUUUGACUUUAAUUACAAAAGGCCUUUAAGGAGGUGAUUAAAAAAUCUACCAGUGUCCUGGCUUGAAAUGGAGAUUAAGGGACACAGGGGACUGUGUAAAGAUGCUGCAAGAAGGUGGCCAUCUGCAAACCAGGGGAGAAGAAAUCUCUGCCAGUACUUUGAUCUUUGGUAUCCAGCCUCCAGAAUAGCAAUAAAUUGCAUUUCCAUGGUUUAAGUCACUCAAUCUGUGGUUUCUUGCUGUGGCAGCCUGAGCUAAUACAGUUGUCCAAGCCAAAGACUGGCCUUAGUGAAGAUGCUGAAUAGGCACCACACAUACACUUCCCAGGAAAUUUCUGACACAGUACCUUCCUGAAUGUUUCCUGAACCCUGUCACUUUUUAAGAGUCGCCCUACUUCUGAACACUGUGCUGGAGCAUUUUCCCUUGCCAGAGACAGCUAGUCCUGCUUCUACUAUUUUAUUUUCCUGGUCUUUUGAUAAGAAAGUACAAGGAACAGGCACUUAAUGAGUACUUAGGAAAUGGAG